AGCAGCAAGGGGAGGAGGUGGGGAAGGACCGACGGGAGGAGCCGGACGCUGGUGAGCUCGGCUCGGGGGCUGGCUCUCCUUCGGCCGGGCAAGGAAGCGGACGGAGGCAGGGAUUUCCUCGUCUGGGGAAAGGGGGGCGGUGCUGCUGCGUCGCUGCUCUGCUCUCCUGGCUCCGACCUGCUGCAGCAAGUGGAUGGCAGCCCGGGCAACAAAAGGAGCGCCGCCGCCUCCGGUCUCUCGUCCCCCCGGGCACCGGGUCAGUCGAUGCAAGGGCGAGUUGCUCCCCGCUCCUCCUCCUGGUGCGGGACUUGGUCUCCCUUGCAUGUGUGAGCGUGCGUUGAGGGGUAGUAGGGCGAGGAGCGCUUCCUGGGGGGGGGGGACACACAGGGGAGGGGGGUUGCCCAGCGUGGAUCUGUAGGGAAUCGGGGCACGGUUUUAUUUGUGGGGUGGGGAUUUGCCCGUCCCACCCCACCCCACUAACAGCAGCCGGUUUUCCGGGCUAGGGUGCAGCCCCACACUGGAGUAACAAAACAAGCCCGUGGGACGCGCGUCCGAGCCGAUGGCAGAGUGGCUUCCCAGCGCCAGGGAGGAGGGAGGAGAGAAAGGCAUGCUGAGCAAACGUGCACAACGACGAGGAAACCCUACGGAGCCCUCGCCUGUUUGUAGGAAGAGGGCCAGAGGGUGUGAUUUCAAGACGGGCUUGAGCCCCGCUACCUAUUUGCUUUGUGGGUAAUCCCACCAAGACCCUGAGUUGGCAUCUUGGGGUCUGUUUGUUUGUGGGAGGCGCACGAAAGAUGCCCGCUGCAUAGGAAGGUGGUAGUUUGCAGCUUGUGCUAAGUCUUCCCUAACCUGGUGCCUCCAGAUGUUUUAGAGCACAGCUCCAAUAAGCCUUCACCAUUGGCCAUCGUGACUGGGGCUGACCGGAGUUGCAGCCUCUGGAGGGCACCAGGUCAGGGAAGGUUGAUCUACUGCCCAGCAAUUAUUACCUCCCUGUAGCACUUUAAAACCCCUGAUAAGAAAAGGGGCUAACCCUGGAUAGUGUAAAUAUGUGCUUUUUAUUUUAAAAGGCAUUUUAACUGCUGAAAGGUAGGUUAGUAGUUGGAAAACAAAAAAGCCACAAACCUAGUCAAAAGCUACAGCUAACCUCCAACCCAUGAGUUCCCAAAUGCUAGGCCACACAUUUUUAAAUGACUUCUAGAUGCCUGCACUCGUUUUAUGGCUUUGGGGGAAGCUGUGGGGUGCUCUCGACGUUCAUUUAGAACAGGGGUUCCAUCUCCAGAGCUUUCAAGGGCCUUCUGCUUCAGAAUUUGGAUGUGCAAAAUUCCAAAUCUUGACUGUGAUGAGCCAGUUAGGAUCAGAUGCAGUCUUUCUCUUACUUUUGUGUUACCAUGAUGACUGUAUCCACUCUCUGCAUUGUCAGCUUGGUGAAUUAAAUGGCACAUCAGAAAUGGGAAGUGCAGUACUUUCAAAAUGUUAGUUACACAUCGGAGGGUGGUUGUUGUUAUUUUUGCCCUCAAUUCCACUUGUGAGCCCAGCCAAGGUUGGAUCCUGUGAACUCUCCAGCCUGCAGGUAUCAAAAUAGUUGUGGUAGAGCUUGUGGGAAGCUGCGUGCAACAAGUCAACACACUUCUGACAAAAGCCCCCACUUCCCACAUAGGUGGACUUUUGUAUCAAGCUGAUUGGGACACGUGUGCAUAUUCCCCUGGCCUUCAUUAGCCUUUAAGGGACCAAAUACCUCAUUGUGAAAAGUCCUGCUCCAGGGGGUAAUUUCUCUUACACCUUCCGUACAGAGAAUUCAGAGGUUUUAGAAAUAGACCCUUCCUGUGGAGACCAUGUUGUUGUCUGAAUCAGGAGGGUAGGAUUCAGUAGCUAGAAAGAUACCAUUUUCUUACCAUGUUUUCUCUUUUUCUAUUAUUACAGCUCUGUUUAGUUUGACAUCUGAAAGCUGGGCGAUUUGAUUCCAAGGUGAGCAGAAACCUACUCUUCCUGUGGUGGAAGUUACCCAUAGUGAACAUAAUUAUCUUUCUAGCAUAAUUGCAGUCCACCUUCCUAUCUGUAGCCUAUGUGGGUUAUUCUGGACCUUGUAGCCUAUACAGUGGUACCUCGAACCGUCCCCCUUGCUAACGCUUUGAGUAAUGUGCUCCGCUAACCUGGAAGUAGGUGCUCCUUGUUGCGAACUUUGCCUCGGGAUGCGAGCGGAAGUUGUGCCCUGGCGGCAUGCGCGCAGCGGGAAACACCAUUAGCAAAAGCAUGGCUCAUGUUACGAGGGGUUUCUGGUCACGAACGGACCUCCAGAACCAAUUAAGUUUGUAACCAGAGGUACCACUGUAGCUGCCCCUUGCAAGCGUGUACUCAAAAUUCUAAAUAAAUCUAAAUUCAUAUUCAGGUGCACUGAAUUGUGUCACUUCAUUCCAGCAAGAGCUUAAAAUACGGCCUUGAUAUUAGAGAGAAAAAGUUAAUAAGUAUGCAUUCAAGAGCAUGGAAGUUUUGAAACGUUCUUAAAAGAGGCUCACAUCUUCUAUGUUAGUAGUGUUAAAUCCAGAGGUGUGCACAGACCCCAAGAUUUGCACUGUAUUUGUUCAUCCUGAAAAAUCAAAUAUGCUUCUGAGUUGUCCAUGCACUCUCCACUUCAAUCUGUAAUUUGGGUUCUGACCUCUGUAUAAAAUGAAGCUCUGUGUUCCCUAUUCACUAGAAUAUAACUUUGCCCCAUUUUGGCCAAAGUGAAGUAAAUUUUCAGAUACAGGAGCACUUUUAGAGUGGACUAAGCCUUCCAAAUUACAGACAAGCAGGGUCAGGCUUUUUUGUUUAGGAAGUAAAAGGGAUUCACUUUUUUCCAUAAUCCAUUAUGGGGUGGAGAAGUGGGGCUUACCUCUUGCUCUCUCUUGAAAUAAUUAAUUUGUGGGUAAACUUUGCACAUUUUUGCCUGUACAUUUUUUAAAAAGUCUGGCUUCACACACUUUUCAUUGUGAGGCUGCCGAGAACGGUGCCUGUGGAGUCCUGAAGAGUUUUGGGUGUGUGUUUUGCUGAAUAAAAGCAACUUAGGAAUUACACACACACACACACACACACACACACACACACACAUAAACUGCACCAGCCAAUCCUUUUUUUAACAAAGAAAGAAACAAAAAAGCAAUUCAGAAUCCAUCAGUGUUCCGCUGGCAAAAUUGUAGGACAGCCUCACUUUUUGCAAAGCCCAUGGAUCUAGAGAAACACAGAUAUAUAGGAAAAGAUAGAGCUAUAUGGGGUGGAAAAGCCGAGUGACAUGAGGCUUUUGGGGAGCCUUCAUCUGGCUUGGUGUUUAUUGACAUUGUGCUUCAACUUGGGAGGGGAAUUUAUCUCAUGAUCUGGCCCCCACUUGGAGCCAGUGUUCACCUCUAUUGUUUGCCUGGUUAUACAUUAGACAACUCAUGUCUGGUGGGAAGCCUCAGAUCUCAGAUGAAAUGGUUAUAUAUGUACCUUAUGCAGGAUUUCGUUCUUGACACACACUGGCACACCACACACUGGGGGGAAAUGUGUUUUUAUUCAUGUAUAUGCUGAAUCCUGCCUUAUAUGCGUGGGUUGAAGAGUUAUGUGGGCUUUUCAAUAGCUACCACCGUGUGUCUAGAUCCUUGUUUAUCUCACUGGUAGGGCAAACCUCUUGGGUUAGUACGUUAAUAGGUUAAUAGUUGCAGUUGUUCUUAACUUAAAAGCAAAGCAAAACUAGUAAAACCUAAGGAGUUAAAAUGUUUAACCAGAAUAAGCAUAAGCAAAAAGAGAAGUGGAACGGAAUCUCAGUGUACUUGGUUGUUGUUUUUAAAUCUGCUGUGAUAUUGUGCUUAUACUUUGUUUUUACAUAUGUAAAUGGUUUCCCUAAAUUUCAGUUUCAUUUUCAAUUUGAAUUUUUUCCCCCUUGAAAAGUCCUGUAUUUCAAAAUGAAAAAUUACCGCUUUACCUUCUACGCGUUUCAAAUGAGCCCUUCCUAUAACUUGAAACAAAAGUGCAUUUUAAUGGGUUUAAAUGAUCCACUAUCCUAUGAAAUAUAUAAUCAAACAUGUUAGUUGCUGCCUUUUGGAAUGAAGAGAUGUUUGCUCUUCCUGUUAUCUAAAACCACCACUAACUCCACCCUGCAAGUAUUAACAGCAGUUUAGUAAAGAUGAGCAAUUUAGUCAAGAUGGCAAUUGUCAGCAGAUCUUGCAUGCUUUAUAGUUUUGACUGGUUUGCAUCCCUUCAUUUUCUGUGUGUGGUCAGGGCAGCUCCCAGGCUACUGACCCUUGUAACCUCUUUCUGGGAGAGAGUUUCAUAUCAAAAUUGUUUAUUCCCUCAUCCAUCCUCUUCUUUCUUUUCUGUUUGCUUUGCCUUACCUGCAUUCAUAGAUGUAGCACAGCCCGUAUAGGUUUUAUUUCUUUUGAUUUGUAUAAAAUAUUUUAAUGUCAUGCUCAAAGUGAUGUAUGGAAGAGGAUCCCCCCCCCCAAUAUUUGAUAUGUAUGCUUAGAAAUGUAAACAGCUUGUUCUCACUUCUCAUCAGGACGGAUAAGCAGCCGUGGGAAGGUGUGCUGAAACUGAGAGACAAUUUGCUCACAUAUGUGUGCUGCAGCUGUGCUGUUAAAGUCCCAGAGCUACUGUUUUUACUAUAUAGUUCAUUUGAGCUAUCAGAAGCAUAGCUGAAUCAUGGCCUGAAUUGUGCACAGUUCUGGGAGGGGCAUUUUGGCUAAGUUUCUCACAGUACAUACCUAUGCACAUUUACACAGAAGUCAGCCUCUGUGUGUUCAGUGGGGUUUACUCUGAGGUUAGCAUGCAUAGGAUUGCAACCUUAAAACUGUAGGGUUGGAACCAGGGAAACACAUAGGGAAGGGGGCUGGUGGAAGAUGACUUUCUCACCCAUCCCAGUUUUGGGGGGUUGCUCUCAGCAACCCAUACUACAGACCAUUCAGCAGGACCCCUCUGGGGUAGCAUUCCAGUAUGGGAGGCUGAGGGGAUCCCUGAAAAUUGCCUGGAGGCACUUUUGGUGAGUAGAGUGGAAGCUGACUCUGAUUAGGUUUUGGGGGUCCCCCCCUUAGCCCUCCUGUAUCACAAUGCCGUCCUCUUCAGUAGCACCCCCUGAACCCCAGGGGAGAUAUUUUGGAGAACAAGGGGAAUGCUCGGAAAGGAGGCAGGGAGUCAAUUUUCUUUGGCUCUAACCCAAGAUUAUUUACUUACUAAAUUUAUAUCCUGCCCUUCCUCCCAAAAGGAGCCCAAGGAGGCAAACACACAAAUGAUAAAACUGUGAAAAUCAUCUAGAAUAUUAAUGAGCUGUUCUCCCUUCCUCCUUUCCCUCCAUCCUUUCUUUCCUCUUUUUGCCUCUUCUUCUCACAUCUACCAUUUUGUCUAGUUCCUCACUUUAAUUUCCUUUGUCCAAGAUCUGGAAAGAGAGCUGGUUCAAACAGUGAAGCCACUAGUCUGCAUGGGUGAUGCUGGAAGGUUUAACCAAAGGGAAACUUCAAGCUUGUUUAUUUCUCCACCCCUCUCUGUGUGGGGAGACUCUCUGAACUCUAGUGUUGGAAUACUGCCUAACGUCCUCCUGGUUUUUAUCCUGCAGCGCCAUGUCCACUGGGAGGGUCCGAACAAAGAAAAAAACACCUCCUGUUGACCAUUCUCCUGAUAAUCUUCCUCUGAGAAGUUCAGGGAGACAGGUACCUUUCAUCAAUUUCAUUCACAGGGUUGCAAGCAGGGUUGUGUAUUAUCUACUUAGGAAAUGAAGAGUAUUGUAGUCCUAUGCAUAUUAGUCUGCAGUGUCCUGUUGAUUUCACAGCCAGGCAGUGAUCUUACUUACAAGUUGAUGUGCAUGACAUUGCAGCCUUAAUGGUGAACGUGCUGUUGAGUUUUCCCAAGCAAAAUUGGAGCUCAUCUUUGGCAUAAUGUAAUGGGCUGUUGUUUUGGAUUCUUCCUUGUUUUGGACUGUUCCCUGUUCUGUGUGUGAAGGUAGUUAUGACACUUCUUUGGUUUUUAUUUUUUCUGUAUUUCCAUGUGAAUGCAAGUUGCAUGCAAUAUUGCUAUCUUUUUGAAGGAUUUCCCCACCAUCCCCGGGUCUAGAUUUAUUUUGUACUGGAAUACCUUUCUAUCAUGGAUUGGAAAUCCAUGCCUCUCCAGAAGCUCAAGUUUCCAUCAGUCCCAGCCAGCAUGGCCUGUUGCCCAGAAUUAUGGGACUUGUAGUUCAGCAAUAUCUGGAGGGCUAAAGGUUCCCCAUCCUUGUUCUGUAGGAAAACACAAUCAGUGUAACUGUCCUCCAUCACUAUUGCAACAGAAAGCCUCACCAACAAAGACUGCUGAAUAUAUCAUAAAUCUGUUGUGACCUUUUUGUUCACACAAUUGUGUUCUUUUAGGUGAGGAGGAAAGCUGCAGAGGCAGCCGAGGAUGAUGAAGAUGCCUCAGAGAAGAAGUACAGAAAAUGUGAAAAGGCAGGAUGUACAGCAACAUGUCCCGUUUGCUUUGCCAGCGCUGCUGAAAGGUUUGGGCUCCUCUGUCUUCCCCCUUCACAGUCCCAAGGUUUCAGAAAGUGAUCUUCAGCUUGAUAGAUUUCAUUUCUGGUUUGUCUGAGUGAAUUCUUAUGACUAUUAUUAAUGGAGGGAAGUGGAUGUAUGCUCCUAGGGGAAGGUACAAUAAAAGCAGCUUAAAAAGUAGUUAGAAACCAAACAAACAAAAAAUCCCAGAUAUAUAUUUUAAAGCACACACAAAAGAUACAAAACAGGCGGAGACCCAUUCAUCCUCCUGGGAAGUCUUGUUGGAACAUUUUCCACCCCCAUCAUUCAGCCCAGACACUGAGGUCCAGCUCCGAGGGCCUUCUGGUAGUUCCCUCACUGCCACAUUACAGGGAACCAGGCAGAGGGCCUUCUCGGUGGUGGUGCCUGCCCAGUGGAACGCCCUCCCAUCAGAUGCCAAGGAAAUCAAGGAAACAACUAUCUGACUUUUAGUAGACAUCUGAAGGCAGCCCUGUUUAGGGAAGUUUUUAAUGUUUGAUGUUUUAUUCUGUUUUUAAUAUGUUGGGAGCCACAUUAUUAUUAUUAUUAUUAUCAUCAUCAUCAUCAUUAUAAACUGCUAACGUGUGGCAGUCUAAAGUAUUUUCAAAUUGUAGGACAAAGCGUAUCCUUUCGAUAAAUGUAAUCUUUUCUGAUUUCUUCUGUUUUAGGUGUGCUAAAAAUGGCUACACAUCAAGGUGGUAUCACCUCUCCUGUGGGGAACAUUUCUGUAAUGAAUGUUUUGAUCAUUACUACCGAAGGUAUUCUUUCUCUUUUUUGAAGUAAUUGCUUUUUUUAAGGGGUGGGGACAGGAUGCAACCAAAAGUGUGUUAAUUCAAUGGCAAAGCAUUUUAAUCUUGAUCUGGUUAAAGAAAUAAGAUAUGGAAGGUAAUAUACAUAAUUGCUGUGCUUUGCUACCCAUUGUGAUUUAGUUUUGAAAUGAGGCUGAAAACAACAGUGCUGCUUUUAUAAUGGCCAUAAAUUGUAGGGGUUUGAAUUUAUCAAGAAAUGUCAGCAGUGUCUGGGGGAUUGAUACUCGCAUAAUAACCUAACAGCUUCCUUUUCAAAGCAACUCUGGGCAAUGAAUGCUUUAAAAGGCAGUGAUGAGGGAGUGUAUUCUUUUAAAAAGAUAUACAGUCGUGCCUUGGUUUUCAAAUAGCUUAGUUCUUGAACGUUUUGGCUCCCGAACGCUACAACCCCAGAAGUGACUGCUCUGGUUUGCAAAUUAUUUUUGGAAGCCGAACAUUCAACAUUUCUGAAUGUUUAGGAAGUUGAAUGGACUUCCGGAACAGAUUCCGUUUGACUUCCAAGGUACGACUGUAUUGGCUGUUUGUAGGAAGCUGGACCAGCUAAGUAUCUACACUCUCAGGAUGACUUUAAUAGGCCUUUCUGUCUGUUGUGAACUGCUGAACAUUUUGACAAAAUGCUCUCAGCUAGAAAAUACACAAAGCAACAUCAGUACACUGGGCAAAAACGGUUUCUUGGAACACAGGCUGUCUGCUAAUGCCAGGUUGCACAGGGAGACCCAAGUUUUGGGAGGGAAGCUAUUCCAACAGUGAAGCCAUUGUAUAGAUUUGGGUAUCCAUAAUAAGGACACCUAAUUUAUCAGAUUAAACAAAAUAAAAAUCAUGCACAAUAUUGCCUUGAAGUUGAGCUUUGCAACUUCUAUGCUUGCUUAGGAAACCAAAUACUGUGGCCAGGAUCAUGUUGUCUUAAUAUCUAUUUAUUUUUCUAGGCAUUCCAUGUUUGGGAUGAACUGUCUAUUAAAAUAUACCAAACCAUGUGUACGCAAUUCCUUCCCUCUACUUAACAUUUCCUUUGUCCCUCCUUUUAGUCAUAAAGAUGGCUACGAAAAAUACACUGCCUGGAAAAGGAUUUGGACCAGUAAUGGAAAAAGUGAACCCAGCCCUAAAGCUUUUAUGGCUGAUCAACAGCUCCCUUACUGGGUGAGGGCUUUAUUUAUGAUGACAUAACACUGUGAAAGUAGUGCAUGUUCAUUUUUUAUUUCCCUUUGCAGUACGUGUGUUUGAAGGAAGUGUUAAGCAAUGGAUUUGAUUAUUGUUGUUAUUGUUUCAACCUUGGGGUUGAAAGUGAAAAUAAUAUGAAGGAAGCAUACAAUAUUUGGCAGCAGGCCACAUGUCUUGUGUAUGCAGAAUGUACAGUGGUACCUCGAGUUACAUACGCUUCAGGUUACAGACACUUCAGGUUACAGACUCCGCUAACCCAAAAAUAGUACCUCAGGUUAAGAACUUUGCUUCAGGAUGAGAAGAGAAAUCAUGUGGCAGUGGCACGGCAGCAGCGGGAGGCCCCAUUAGCUAAAGUGGUGCUUCAGAUUAAGAACAGUUUCAGCUUAAGAACAGACCUCCAGAACAAAUUAAGUACAUAACCCGAGGUACCACUGUACCAGGUUCAAACCCUGACAUCUCCAGGUGAGGCUGAGAAAAUCAUCUGUCUGAAAUUCUGGAAAGUUGCUACCAGGAGACGACACUGAGCUAGCACAUGAAAGAAACAAACCAUACCUGGUUUAGCAUUAUGCCUAAACCAGGGAUUUUCACUUAUUUCACUCCAAACAGACCACAGAAUUAAGCAAAGGUUUCUUCUGGCUUACUGAAUGUGAUAUGUUUGGAGCAAAGUGAUCUCUAGUCUGGAUGUAACUUUAAGCCAGAGAUUGUGGUUCACUUCUCCCCAAUAGUAUACUGGUAGGAGGGACUGAAGCAGUCAUGAUCAGGUAUAGAUGAAGAAGUAUAGGUUAUAUGGUGAUAAUUAGAAAAGAAGGGGUUUUUGAUUGGUUGUGGAGCUUACAGAACCUCAAAAUGAUUAUCCUUCUUUCCUGAGAUGGGAGUGGAUCAUGGGGUUCCAAGAGCAGUUAGGAUUUCAGUUAGGGCAGUUGGAAGCUGCAGGCUAAAGAGAAAGAGAGAAUCAGAAAGGUGAGGGAAGGAGUACAGUACUUGCCUAAUAACCUAUAUGACUGUAAGAUCUGCGCCUUGCAGUUUAGGGAGGAAAGGCUUUCAUAAAUUAGAAAGGCAACAUUUUAUCUACAGGCUGAUCAUCCCAACAGUUAGCUUUUCACUUCCUGCUGGAUGAGCUGCCAUGCAGUCUGCACACUUUUGGGGGAAUCAAUUGGUUGAAUAGCCUCUGAUUUACCUCUUCUGAGAAAGGAAGGGUAAGUCAGCUCAAAAUGCACAUUCAUACGAAGUUGGUGGAGAAAAUGUAGGCACAGCUUGCAUGUCUGCUGCUUAAGGAAGUCUUUCUGAAAUUUUGAGAGACCUGUCUCUGAUCUUAUUAGUGUGCCUUUGUUUCUGGAUGUACCAAGCAACUUCGUCGUUUUAUCUCUAGGUUCAGUGUACAAAGCCAGAGUGUGGGAAAUGGCGGCAGCUGACAAAGGAAAUCCAGCUUACCUCGCAAAUAGCCAAAACAUACCGCUGUGGCAUGAAACUGAACAAUUCCACCAAGGUACCUUCAACCCUCAAAUGUACUGAAAAUGCAGGUUGGUUUGGUUGUUUCUAGAGGCUGACGGGAGCCCCAGGCUUAAAACAAUUGUGCAAUGUUUAUUUGGAGACACCCUUGUACUGCUGCAGUACACACAAGGAUUUACAUGCAUUUAAAACUCUGUGAGGGUGGCACCAGAAAACUGGCAGGUGGGUGGGAAAGCUUGACACCACCUUCCCUGGCCACCUUUCCGCUCUACCCCUUCCCAAAGCUGCCUUUCUCUUGGGGUUUUUAAAACAUACCAUUGAGUGGAAUUUGUAGUUUGGCCCUAAGUGUCAUGGCUUUUAUUAACAGAACUCAUGCCAUUUCUUCAGUGUUCCACUUACAUGCAAGUCAGAGGAGCUAUCCUGUUGUCUGAAAGUGUUGUAUUUGUUUCAGGUGGAAGGCCCAGACCAUUGCUCCAUGCCUGAGGAUCUGGUAAGCAAUGUUUUAGGAAAGUCCUGCACGUGGUAUCAGAAUGAAUUGUAAGUGUGAGAAACACAGUGGUGCAGGCUUAGUAGUAAAUACUGUUUGGGUAACAUUCUGACUUUGGAACUGGAGACUUUAAGAAAGAGCCUAGCUGUUGCUUAAGGAAAAGGCCAAAGACAUCUCAAGCUAUUCAGCUUAUUAGUAGGGUGUUUGUGUGACUAGAAUUAUUGUACUGUGUUUAAACUGUGAGGAGCACCUGUAUGUUAUUUCUUUUUUUAAAAGAGCAAAACAGAAAAGCUCUACCUUGAUAGUUGCCCUUGCAAAAUUUCAACUCUCAGACCUACUGCUGUUUUGUUAGAUUGUUAGCCGCUUUGAGACUCCUUAGGGUAGUGAUAAAGUGGGAUAUCAAAUCCAAACUCCUCUUCUUCUACUGCUGUUUUGUUAGUGCAAAUCACCUCAAAGCGAUGGGUGGUUGAGAGCCACAUCACCUAGUCCCAUAUUAGACUUCUGACCAAUUAGAGUAAGCUACAUUGCUAUGGGAAAGGCAUUUUCAUGUAGAAGCUUCCCUACACUCCUGGUAGAGCACUCAGAAAUGGCCUGUGUCUUUUAAGUGUCAUUGGGACUGAGAGAUAAUAUGAUAACAAAAGCUUUAAUUCUUCUUCCUGACUUUUUCCUCCACUCCUUCGUAGAGAGUUGCUGAAGUUUCAGAUCACUGGUGGUAUUCCAUGCUCAUCCUUCCACCUUUGCUGAAGGACAGUGUGGCUGCUCCUUUGCUGUCUGCAUACUACCCAGACUGUGUGGGCAUGAGCCCCUCUUGUACCAGUACUCACCGGUUGGUUGGUGAAUCCAAUGCAAUAAAAAUGGAGCACUUAAAGACUCCACCUACUAUAGCUGGUAAGUGACGAGUACUUUUCUGCCCUCUCCUGGUAGCUAUUGAUAGCCUUAUUUUCCAUGGUACGAGAGUAUUUUUUCUAUAUUAACGUGAAAUAGAAUGUCUUGUCUUCUCAAGAAUGAGACUGACCAUCAACCAUGUAUACUUUGUAAUAUUUGUCGUUUAUAUUUGUGAGCAUGUAGUAUAAGCAUAUUCUUCCUGUAAGCAACACUUUGGUGCAUAUACUCGAGGUCCACUAAGGAGUUUUGGGCAGAGAGAUCUGUAAGCACCAUAAAUAAUUGUUGUAAGCAGAAGCCAUGGUUCUUAUGAGCCCUUCCUUACCCAGUAUUAUCCUACUAUAUGUUGCAGGCACCUGUAAUAGAGUUCACAUUUGUAUACAUGCCCUAGAGCUUUGUGCCUUUUUAUUAAGCUACCGUGACGGCUCACGGAGAUGCUACAUGCAGCUCAUUCCGUGUUGUAUGUUGCCUUCCAGGGAUGAACAAGUACUUCCAGCCUUUCUACCAGCCCAACGAAUGUGGUAAAGCACUGUGUGUGAGACCAGAUGUAAUGGAACUAGAUGAACUCUAUGAGUUUCCAGAAUAUUCACGAGACCCCACCAUGUAUCUAGCUCUGAGAAACCUCAUUUUGGCUCUGUGGUACACAAACUGCAAAGUAAGCAUAGCUGAAUGUUUGCCCCCAAAAGAUUAUCAUCUCAACCUAAACUUCCCUUGUCCUGGUUUCCUUCUCCCACUCGCUCCAUAGACAAGGCCUUCUCAGUCAUUAUGGUUUUUGCUUUUCAGUGGGGGAGGACCCCCCCCAACCCAUCCCAUUUCAGUCCUGCUGGCCCUGCAGCAAUUGGGAUUUUUUAGAGCAGGGAUGGGGAACCUGUGGCUCUCCAGAUGCUGGGCAUCUGUCUGUCCAAGCCAGUAUGGCCAAUGGUCAGUGAUGAUGGGAGUGGUAGUCCAGCAACAUCUGGUGGGCCACAGGUUCCUCAUCCCUGCUCUAGAAGUCCUGCUGCAGCGGGAGGGUGGAACUCUGCUCAUGGUAAGACAAAAGGUUGCAGUGACUGACCAGGCCGUGCCUUUGGAGCAGAUGAAAUAAAACAUCACAAGAAACCCUCCAUCUGCUGAGGAAAACAAGGCUUCAUGGUGAGGCCUGUGUUCCUUUCGUCCCUCCUUAAGUACGCCUUCACAAUGUGAUCCAGAUUCCCAGGUGUGCAGAUGGUGCUUUUCCAUACAAAGCUGCCCUGUUUCAUGCUUUUCAGUACACAGGUACAUGACUGGAAGUUUACUUGAUUGGUUGUCACUUUGUUGAUCUGGGAGGUGUAAAUUAGCUGUUGAGCUUCACCAUCUGAAGGACAGUUUGCUAUAUUGUUCCAGCAGCAGUCAAAUUCUUGCCUCUCCUCCUUUCCCCCAAUCCUUCAAUUCACAGGAAGCCCUAACCCCUCAGAAAUGUACGCAUCACAUCAUUGUUCGAGGCCUUGUGCGCAUUCGCUGUGUGCGGGAGACGGAGCGAAUACUUCAUUUUAUGACCAGGAAAGGUCUGAUUAACACAGGAGUCUUGUCAGUUAAUCCUGACCAACCCCUUCUGCCCAAAGACUACCAUAAUGUAAGUAUUUUAAAAUACAGAGUACUAAUAAACUGGUUCUAGGAGAUUCUGAUGGGACAAGGAGGGUGAAGGGAGAAAGGACUCCUUUUAAGGGUAAAAAGUGAAAGAGGGGUUGGCCUUCUAGACCUCUUGGUCAGUGUCAAAACUCUUCUUCAGGGGCUCAUGGCUUCUCAAGAACUGUCAACAUCGGCAUAGACAAAAUCAUCUGCUGUCGUUCAGCUCAGGCUAGGAUACUUUCUCUUCACUGUCCUCAUUUUUGGUUGAUAUUGUAGCACUUGCUCAGCUUCUCCUAAUGAAACCCUUCAGCAGGAACAGAAUUUUAUCUGAACAAUGUUUCAAAUUGUUCUGAGACUUGCUUAGAAAAAACAGUCUUGCUAGUCUCAAAAGAAUGCUAGCAUCACUAGUUUACUUUUCUUCUUCAUUUAAGAAAUCUGUCAUUGUGGUUGGGGCUGGUCCUGCUGGAUUAGCAGCUGCAAGACAGCUUCAGAACUUUGGAAUUAAGGUGAGACUUUUUCAAAUAAAGUAUAGCAUUUCAACAUUUCUGUCUCCUCCUCUUCUGGCAUAUCUACACUUUGCUGCUGCUACCUGAGUAAGAAAAAGAAAGGGCCUGUUCUCAGAGUCCAGAUGUCCUGGGAAAGUGCCUUAAUUUGUUUAAAGGCUGAGCUUGAAAUAAUUAUGAGGCUAGGGUUUGUUGCAUGAUUUGUUGCAGCUUAUACAGUAUUUGGGCAUGGAGAAUGGUAGGCAUAGCUUGUCUGCUCACAGUAUCCACCUUUUAAGGAGGAACUUAAUGUCUUCACUUGGGAGACGGAUUUUCUGCCUCUGAGGUUUAGGAUUCACCAAUUAAAAACUUGGUGAACUCCUAGCAUAAUGUUCUAUUAUUGAUUGACCACCUUGGCAUUAUUUGGUUAACUGUGGAAAGAUUGUUGUUUCAUAGCAGUGUGUUCCUUACCACCGCUGCUUCUUUUGUAUGUUGCAGGUUCUUGUGCUAGAAGCGAAGGACAGAAUUGGGGGCCGCGUGUGGGACGAUAAGACUUUCAAAGGGAUCACUGUGGGAAAAGGGCCACAGAUAGUGAACGGCUGUGUCAACAAUCCAGUAGCACUAAUGUGUGAGCAAGUGGGUUUGCAUUUUUAUUCAUGAAAACAUUGUCCUUCUGAAGCUUAAUAUACACUGAUCCUUUUAAACUUAACUUUCUUAUUAGAGAGGUUUUUCAGGCAGCUCAGAAUCCACAUCCCACUCAAGCUACAGGUGUAUUGGGUCACUUUGGGAAAGUAACUGUUCUUCAGCUUUGUUUUACUGUGUGUGAAAGAGAUACAUUAAAGGUCUAAUUGUAGGGUUGUAAAGAGGAAUGAGGUAAUGAAAGGUGGUUACCGUCCUUAGGAGCAGGAAGUUCUACAAAUAACAUUUGAAAACUUUGCUAAGUGUUUCAAUCAGGCUUUCUGUUCAUACAUUUUUCUUCUUCUCUCACAUGAUACUUUGCUUGAAAUAAUACAAUGAGUUACCUCACAUAUUUAGGGAAGCUAGCAAUUUGCUGUAAAGAACAGAAUAAUAGUCUUUUCAAGCGCUAGUCCACCUACUACUUAGAAUGGUGAUUCUUCAGAGUUGAUGCUUACUAUAAUAAAUGAAAUAAUUCUGAUUUCUGUAAUAUAAAACCCUCACUGAAGAUGUUUAGCUUUUAUUGGUUGGUUGGUGUUGACAUCAAUGAAAAUUGCAGUCCUUUGGGAGGGAUAGAAAUUUAACAAAUAAACAAUAAAAAUUAAGGUUUGCAUCCCAUGACAGUAACUGAUUAUCUACUUCCCCCACGUUCAAAAUCCCUGUCUUUUUAAAGCUGGGCAUUAAAAUGCAUAAAAUUGGAGAGAAGUGUGAUCUGAUCCAGGAAGGUGGAAGAAUAACUGACCCUACUAUAGACAAGCGCAUGGACUUCCAUUUCAAUUCUAUCCUUGAUGUUGUAGCAGACUGGAGAAAAGACAAAAAUCAGCAUCAGGAUAUUCCUCUUGGAGGUAAGUAGAAACAAUGAAGAGCCACACGACACAUAGUGCAAUGGGGAUAAAGGAGCACCUGUAGAAGUCGUCUCAGAUAUUUGUGCCAGCUCAGCUUUCACUUCUUGUAUUUUGUUGCAUUUGAAUGACCUUUGACAGAAGAUUGUGGGCUGCUCAGAGCAAUUUCAUUAGGCCCAGGGGGCAAACAGGAUUUCCUGGGCCUAGUACCCUGUAUGUCGCUAUUGGCAAUGACUGUUCUGUUACUAAUAUGAACAGUUAUUUUUAAUACAUGGAAAUGAUUUAAUAAGCAUUUAUUUAACAGAUUUUUAACCUGCCUUUCUGAGUUCCUGCCCUCACAAGGCGUUUUGCAGCAAUUGCAAAUAGUUCAAAUACCAUAAUUAUAUAACAGAUAAUUAUGCAGUAAGUUUAGAACAUUUAUGUAACGUUAACAGACAGCAGCAGCAACUCAAAUGGGGGAAAUAGCUUUACGUCCUUUAUGAACAAUAUCUCCCUGAAGAACAAUAGCCAAGUGACAGCAGUAGAUGUAGUGACAUCAUAAAGUGAAUAAAUUACUUGGAAUACAUUUUCCUCAGUCCCUGUUUUAUUAAUAUGCAAACUAAUUGACAUUUUUAAAACUCCUACAACCAACCAACUUGGAUUUCUUUAACCAAGUGACAGUCCCAGAAGAGAUUAUCCCAAAUUGCACACAAUUAGCAACAUGCAGGAAUUAUUUCUGAGUAUAGAAUCUGGGAGAGUUGUAAAGAGUGUGCUGAGCCCUGAAAAUAAAGUGUCUUGCUGUGGCCUAGCAGUGGUGAAGUUAAUAGGCUGGUUUGCAGUCACUUUAAACCAUAGUUGUGAAUGAAUGUGCAAUGUGCUGGUGCACAGAAUGAAAAUCAUUGCUGCUUAGCAUUAUUCCUGCUGCUGCUGCUGCAUUGCUGGCAGCUAAUUUGACCAAGCAUUUUGUCCAGAUACUCAUGGUUUCUCUCUCUCUAAACAAACAAUGAACUGUAACCAAGGUUUGUCCUCUACUUACCAUUUAAGUUUUGUUGAGGAGGAAACAAACCAUGAGCCUAGGUUCAGAUGCUAAUGUUAAGCCAAACCAUGGCUUAGCUUCCAGCAGUUCAGCAGAAACAGGGGAGGAAUGAAGCAGUCAUGUUUUUGCUCCGUGCCCCAUCACCCUUUAAAUCACAGUGAUGUGCAAACCAGGCCAGUGUAUGAGUAUGUUUGCUGGUAGCCCACAUGUUUGUGAGAAAAGUGCUGCCCGACAAUUAAGGAAGGACAAGGACUUUAAAGUGCUAUCAGUUUCAGUGGAAAAUACGUUAAGCAUGCAUUCAACUCUAUUUUGAAAUAGUUGUCACUUAAAAGUGUGGAACUUCAUGCCCAUAACAUUUAUAUUUUGACGGGAGCAGCGGGAACUAUUCUGGUAGAGCUUCAUUUUAAAAUUUAACAAGAACACUUAAAAGUAGGGUGAAAUUGUAAGGAAAAAAUGAUUAUUUAUUGAUAACAAUUGGAUAUAUUAUUUGCAGAUAAAAUCCAGGAGAUCUAUAAAGUUUUUAUUCAGGAAUCUGGUAUUCAGUUCAGUGAUCUCGAGGAAAAAGUCCUUCAGUUCCAUGUCAGUAACCUUGAAUACGCCUGUGGCAGCAACCUCCAUGAGGUGAGCAUGGGAUGGACUUGUGCGACACUCAGGUGUUGAGUGUUCAAACUGUUCAGUGAAAAGAAUUCUGUUCUCCUUACAGGUUUCUGCACGCUCCUGGGAUCACAAUGAAUUUUUUGCUCAGUUUGCUGGAGAUCACACGCUCUUAAACUCGGGAUACUCAACAAUAAUUGAAAAAAUGGCUGAAGGCCUGGACAUUCGGUUAAAGGUUCCAGUAAGUAACAAAAAAUGGACGAGAAGCCAGUUUGCUUUGAUGUACCUUGGAGUAGUUCAUCUUCCUAGUGUUUGGCUUGGUUCUCUUUGUCUUGGAACAUACAGAUGGUACUUAACCGCUUGAAUUUUCCAAAGUUAUUUCCAGUGGUGUCUCAUUUAUUAAUCUGCUUUGGAACAUAUGAAUGUUUCUUCUUAUUGCUUAUGCCUUCACUCUAGAACAUUUUCCACAUUCAGCAUACUCAGUGUGUAUUACAAUAUAUCUAUUGGAUUUUUUAUCUCAGGUAGUCAGAGAUUUGCCAAAGAUGACUGUAUGAACUAGGUAGGAUUUAGAAUGCAGGAGCAAAACUUUAGAAUCCAUAAUGCAUAAAAGCAAUGGAGUGAGUUUCAGCAAUGGGGUGCUCAGAUUCCCACCAGUACAUAAAAAUCUCUAGUGGAACAUUGCUUGCAUCAUUCUCCUGAUUGAUCCUUCACAUAAUGCAUUUACUCAUGAGCAGUUAGCUUAACACUCCUUCCCCCAUGUCUUUCAUUGAGAACUCUUCUGCUAUGAAGCUUACGCUAAUGUCUUAGUGUUAUGGAUGAUAUUCAACAUUGUGCAGGUGAAAUUGCCCUUCCUGUUCUUCCACAUGCACCCCCAUCUCCUCAUCUGCUCCAAAGGGUCCAUCUUCAGAGCUGAUUUGAGGAAAACGCAGGGGCUAUAGGUGGAAGGAGAGGCAGUCCUUUUGUAUAAGCAGAAGUCUGUUCCACUUGUAGAUGAGGCACCACCAUAGACAAAUGCAGUGGUACCUCGGGUUAAGAACUUAAUUUGUUGUAAAGGUCUGUUCUUAACCUGAGGUACCACUUUAGCUAAUGGGGCCUCCCACUGCCACUACACCGCUGCCAUGCAAUUUCUCUUCUCAUCCUGAAGCAAAGUUCUUAACCUGAGGUACUAUUUUUGGGUUAGCAGAGUCUGUAACCUGAAGCAUCUGUAACCCGAGGUACCACUGUAUGUCUUUCACAACUCUGAAUCCCCUUCUUCUUGUCAGGUUCGCAGUAUAGACUAUACGGGGGAAGAAGUCCAAGUGACUGCAACCGAUGGAACUCUCUGGAAAGCACAAAAGGUGACGUGUCUCAUCUUUCUCAACUUCUGCUAUAUAUUUUCAAACAUCACAGUAAACAUCUUGUUCAAAGUGUUGUGUACAACUGGCUUUUUAAAGACUUGAUGCCUCAUGUUAAGGGGUAGCUUUCGCUGCAGCAGCUAAACAAGGGGUGCAAGUGAAGUGAGUUUCUCAACUUAUCAAGCAGGACAGAGCUAUUUAUUGUGUUUCAGAUGCCAUAUCACCAGCAUACCUGCUUCCCGCAUCCUUACAGCUGUAAUGUGAAUUCUUGACACAUCUUUACAUUUGUGCUAAGGAGCCGGUUGUGGGCUGAGUGCUGGGCAGGUGGUGAAAAGUGUGGGACAAAGUAUCAAGUUGUCUUAAAAGCAUGAAACUGAGGUUUUUAGUACCUACCUGGUGCCAAACCUUCCCAACCUGCCUGUGUUAUGUUGAGCUACUUCAACUGUAGUAUAAUUAGGACUACUUUUCUCCCACCAGGUUUUAGUUGCUGUACCUCUGACUAUUCUUCAAAAAAGCGCCAUUCUGUUUAACCCAGCCUUGUCAGAGAGAAAAAUGAAAGCUAUCAAUAGUUUGGGAGCUGGAGUCAUUGAGAAGGUAAGAGUGCAACUUUUAUAUGACGAUGUGAAGAGCAGUAUGAGUGGCAUUUGGUUUGUACCCGAUCAGAUUUGCUUUCCAUAAUCGGAUCUGCUCAGAAAUAACGAGAUGACAAAGCAUGGGUACAUAGCAGUCCUUCAUAAAUUGAAAUAAAUAAUCUUCAGGGUUUGUGAUGGGUAACCAAAGUCUGCCUGUCCACCAGCUCUUGCAAAACAGAUUAAAAUUAUGCCCCAUUAAAACUGAAAAUUUCCUCCAUUUUGCCAAUUUGAAUCUCAGGUCUUCCAUCACCCAACUCCUCAUAGAAAGAAAUGCAACUUAAUUUUGUUUCCUGUGAUUUGCACAGACUAUCUUGACCAGAGUCUACCUACUAUUAGUUUACAACAAUCAGUAAUAGCCCAAUCCUAUUUAUGUGCAAUUGCAAUUAUAUCCUACUAGGUUCACUGAGGCCUACUUCCAAGUAAGCGUGCAUAGAAUUUCAGCCCAAAUCAACAAUGAGGUCAUUCUUGUCUUUUUUCCUCUAGAUUGCACUACAGUUUCCAUAUAGAUUCUGGGACAGCAAGAUUCAAGGAGCUGAUUACUUUGGCCAUGUUCCACCUAGUUCCAGCAAACGUGGACUCUUCAGUGUUUUCUAUGACAUGGAUCCACAGGUACACAUUACCUGAAGACUUAACACUGACCCUAAUUGUUCUUCAAAUAAGGAAACAUGAUGAGCUUUAAAAUCACUUCUCUUCCCCUACCACCCUAGGAAUUCGCCACCAUUUCACAGUGCGAUUAGUUUAAGAUAUAUUUCUGGCAACUUUAUCAUUUUUUUAAAAAACAAUUGCUCAUUACAAGACAGAAGCUUUGAAAAGUGAUGUGAUACACUCAGUCAAGGAGAAACCUAAAAGGUGCCAGGAAUCUUUCUUGUUCUAUGGGUUGGCUAACAUUAGUUUCAGAGAGGCUGUUAGUCAUUUAGCAGAACUACAGUAGAUAAAAUGUAAGUGUCCAUGUUUGUGUCUUGUUCUCAGCGUAAAUGCAGUGUUCUAAUGUCUGUUGUUACGGGUGAUGCUGUGGCAACUAUGAAGAACUUAGAUGACAAGCAAGUGCUGCAACAAUGCAUGAUUGUGCUCCGUGAGCUGUUUAAGGAACAGGUAGGCCUUGUUUUUUAUUGACUCAAGCAUAGAUGAGACACCAGUUUCAAGUCUUUCACACUUAACUGAAUUUAUUAAUAGUUGUAAAUGGCUCUGAUAUUUGCAUUAUAUGGAUAUAUUUAUUAACUAAUAUAAUGUAUAAUAAUUAUAGUAUAUAACAGAUAGCAACAAAAAGAGAUUAUGAUGCGACUAAGCGUAUUAUCAAACUAAGUCAUAGGAGUAAAGCAACUGAAAAAGACUUUGUAAAUGACUGUACUUGGUAUACGACUAACAUUGGAUAUUGCUCUAAAUGUCAUAAAUCUGGAUUUAUGUAUUCUAAAUAAGAAAUAAAUAUUAAAUAGGAUGAAAGAAAUGAAACAGCAGCUUGCCAAAUUAUUCCUAUUUUUAAUAGUUUGCCUGGGAACCAUGUUUGUUGUGGCUUCCAUACAUGAAAACAUUCUGCACCGGACCACUGGUGCAUAUAGAAGCAGUUUUAGAAUAGAAUCACAGAUUUGGAAGGGACCCUGAGGGUCAUCUAGUCCAACCCCCUGCAAUUCAGGAAUCUUUUGCCCAACAUGAGGCUCAAACAUGUGCCUGAGUUUAAGAUUCUAAUGAACUGAGGUUUCAGAUAGGAGUUUUUCCCAGUCUCUGGAGAAGCCAGGAAUUGAACUUAGGACCUGUUGCAUGCAAAUUCAUGACACAGGACUCUACACGAGGAUCUACAAAACUGACUACUUAAAAAAGGAGAGACAACUGUCCUGACAUGUUUCACUUGGUUAGGCCCCCUAACCAACACUUUAAUUCUCUAGCUGUUUAUAAUGGGACUGUCCAUUGACUUUAACAGAACAACUUCAGAGCAUGUGACCAGUCACUUAGAGCAUCUGUGUGUGUUGACCUGGUGAAUAUAUGUGUUCACAGAUGGGUUGUAUGCAUUUCAUAAGUAAUUAUUUGCCUAUUGUUGUAAUCCAGGAAGUGCCAGACCCAGUCAAGUACUUCGUUACACGAUGGAACAAAGAUCCUUGGAUCCAAAUGGCGUAUAGUUUUGUGAAGACAGGGGGCAGCGGUGAAGCUUAUGACAUCCUAGCAGAAGACAUACAAGGAAAAAUAUUUUUUGCUGGAGAGGUGAGAUCUUGAUUAUGUACACUAAAAAAAUUGAAUUCAAAUUCUUCUAAAAUAAGCUACAAGCUAGAAUAGGAUGGAAUGUAUUCAGGGGUAUGUUCAACUUAGGUUCUAUUCAGAAUAGACCCACUGAAAUUACGUAAUCAGCCUAAAUUAACCAUGCUUACUUCAAUGGAUCUACACUGAGUAGGACUAGCACUGGCUACAAUCCAGUCUCUGAGAAAGCAUUGCAGAAAACCAGUGAAAUUCAGUUGCUAGUGUGCUGAUCGGACUUCAGAUCCUUUAAGAAUAUAAACAGCUGUUAGACUGGUUGUUCAGUCAUCUGAGUGGCAGCAACUCUUCAGAAAAAAAAAACCUAUGUAGGGGAUUAUACCUAGGACUAAUAUUACACACACACACACACACACACACACACACACACACACAGCGCCAUUUCAAUCUCACUUCAGGCCUUGCUUGUGGGGUUGAAACUGGUUUUGUUGUGCUGCUGAAGACAUUCACCAUGAUAUUCCUGUUGAUUCUCCUGGAACUCUGAGGCACAGGAUACUACAUACAGUGGUAGUAUGUGACUGGGCAAAAUAAUAAUCUCUGCUAUGAAAAUUUCUCAACAUGGAAUAAAACACCCAUUGUGGCUCGUGAUUUAUUUUUAAGAUAUAGAUACGUAGACUAUUUCAUAUAUAUCAUUGGUAGAAUAGAUAUUGACACUUCCUGUGUGAGUUUAUACCAGGCUUCCUCAACCUCGGCCCUCCAGAGGUUUUUGGCCUACAACUCCCAUGAUCCCUAGCUAGCAGGACCAGUAAUCAGGGAUGAUGGGAAUUGUAGUCUCAAAACAUCUGGUGGGCUAAGGGUGAGGAAGCCUGGUUUAUCCAUAUUAUGUGUCUGAUGAGUGUAGUUCUAUGUUCAUAUAAGAAUUCCUCACAUUAUGUUUCUCUUUUUAAAUAGGCCACAAACAGACAUUUCCCACAGACAGUUACUGGAGCUUACUUGAGCGGUGUUCGAGAAGCAAGCAAAAUAGCAGCAUCUUGAAUACUACACUACUGUUUACAGAUUUUCUUUUAAGAACUUCCUCAAAUUCAAAAUUCAAGUUUCAGGGUUACUAUUAUUGCUCAAGUGGUGCUUAAUUCUUUGGUACCUAAAGAGACAAUCCUUUUUUCUUCCACUUUUUUCAUCUUUUCCAUGAUGUUGAUGUUUUAUCAGCACAGCAUGCUAAAGGAACUGUUAUUUAAAAACACUACCAGCAGAUAUUCAAGCUCAUUAACCUCUGAACUUCAUUUUUGUGACCUAUUUGAGAUAGAUGAUUUAUAUUGUCAAAGGGUGAAAUGUGUCAAAGGGUAAACAUGUGCUUCAAGGACUGUUAAAUAACCCACGUUUUCAGAUAGUGGGUCAACAAGAUGGCAGGUGACUCCAAUCAAGUUUUGAAAAAUGUAUUCUAUUUAAACUAAAUUGUUGGAAGUGUACACAAUCAUUGGGCUUGCUGGUGUUUUUUUUUUUAAUGAAAGAAGAUAUCUAAAACCAACCCUAACCAUUACUUACCCAGAGGAAAUGUCACAAAAGCAUCUCUUAAUGUGUAUACUAGGAUGAGGGCUUAGUAUUUGCUGAUCAUGUAGAUGGACCAGAAAAAAAUGUUUGUUUUGUGGCCAUUUCCUUUUUGUGUGCAGUGAAAUUUCUAAAUCAUAGCAGCUGUGUAGGUGCAGUCAUUUAUAUAAUUGUGAAAGCAUGUUGAAGGUCACGUAGUUGAGCAAGCCGUUCAACUUUCUUGCUUAAAAAUGAGGUCAAAUGAUUACUUUUUAUGAAGGGUUAAAAUUAUGUAGCCUCAUUUUAAUGGGAGAGAUUUAAGUAGACUGAAAUCAGUGAGACUUGAAAAUACUUAAUGAGGCUGGGUUGUACCCAUAGUUGUGAAAAAUUACCUAGAAGAAAAAGAUGAUUUAACUAAAUAAUUCACUUUUAAGUAGUUGAAGAUACUAAUGUAUACACAUAGUUCAUUCAUCAGCUAACUUUUGCUUUUCAUUAUGAAAAAAUAAUAGUGGGAAUUUCAAUAUGGAAGCAUGGGCAGUUUUACUUUCUAAAGAAAGCCUCAGAAAAUGUGUGAUUACUACCCCUGUGUGUUUUGCUAUAAUAUCUUACUUUGUAACAUCAUAUUGAGAAAGAUUUAAAAGUUAUGCUGUUAGGAAAUCAUCAAGCUUUUCUUAUAGUUGAACUGCUAUUAUUUCACUAAGUUGCUUAAUAGGAAGUAUAACUCUCUGAGAGCUUAUAGUAAGAAAUGUAAAGUAUGAAAAUGGAAUGCUGAUUUCCCCCCAUCAUUUACUCUUCUUUUCAAAAACUGAAAACAUGUGAAUACCUAGCUAAAAUAAGCCAAUUGGCCCAUAUCUAAAACUAAUUUUGUUGGUGCAUCUAGCUAUUGUCUGAAGUGCAAUUUUUAUUUAAAAAUGGAAACUUGUGCUUGGGAAUAGUUGAAGGCGUGAGUUUGAGCAGAGAUAUUAGUCAUGACUGUAAGGAUUUUGUAGUAAUCAGCAUUAAGACAAGAUGAAGAGUCAUACUGUAAAUGUGAAACCAUUUACUGUAUAAAGUACCUGUAAAUUAUUACAUUACAGAAGUGUUUAAACAGCAGGACCUGUUGUCCAUAAAAAGAAAAAGCUUAGUUAAGAUAUGGAAACUACUUUUUUUACAUUUAUUUAAAAAUGUCAGAGUUGGUGGGUUCACUUUGAACAAUUGAUCCCAAAGAAUUAAAAAAUAAUCAUGUGAAGCUUAUUUUUUAAGCAUGGUCAUUUUCUAUUGUGUACAUACAACUUAUGCCUUGUACAUCUAGGGGGAAAAAUCUCCUUGCUGUGGAGCAUGAUGUUCAAAGUGACUUAUUGGUAAUGUAAUAAACUGGAAAAUGCUAAGUCAGUUGUGUUGCUAAUUUCUAAUCAAAUAGUAAAGGCAAACUGUACCCAUGUACCUAAAAUGCAUUUUAUAUGGAUUUAUAACUCAUCGCCUCCUGGAAAAUGCAGAGGAUGUCAGUCUCAAAACAAUUACUUCAGUUAUUAACUCGGAUGACAAAUGUCUACUCCACUGCUCCUUUCUGACGAUCCUUUCAAAGUAAUAGUAUUCUGCUAGAGGGAACAGACUUUAGGGCCAACCACAUUUCCUGGAACAGGCGAAGAUUCCAUGUCAGAUGGCAGCAAUACUCCUCAGCAAAGUUCACUUCCUUCCAAUCUGAUGGAAGAAGGUGGCAAUAAUUCUGAAAUUGCCUUCCACACUUGUUCCCAGCCUAGCAGGCCAUCACUUCAGGCCCACUGGGCCUUAAAUGCCAUGCAAUCACAUCCAUUGCCACAGCUCAUCUGCCACUUCUGGGAGUUUGUGCAUCAAUCGGAC